AUGCUUUCUCGUUCAUUGUUGAGAUCUACUCUUUCCGCUGCUAAGGCCAACACUCGUGUUAGAACUUUCAAGCAAGAAGAUCAACCAAGAUUGAGAAUUGGCUCUACUGCUCCAGAUUUCAAAGUUGACACCACUGAAGGUCCAAUUGAGUUCCACAAGUGGAUUGGUGAUUCCUGGACUGUUUUCUUCUCCCACCCAGCUGAUUUCACUCCAGUUUGUACCACUGAGUUGGGUGCCUUUGCUGCCUUGAAGGAUGAGUUCUCCAAGAGAAACGUCAAGUUGAUUGGUUUGUCCGCUGAGGGCGUUGACUCCCACAAGGCCUGGAUCAAGGACAUUGAAGACAUCACCCCAGGUUUGAAGACCUUCUCCUUCCCAAUCAUUGCCGAUACUGACAGAGAGGUUUCCUUCUUGUAUGACAUGGUCGAUGAAGAAGGUUUCAAGAACUUGAACGGUGGUAUUGUUCAAACCAUCAGAUCCGUCUACGUCAUUGACCCAAGCAAGAAGAUCAGAAUCACAUUCACUUACCCUCCAUCCUGUGGCCGUAACUCUGCUGAGGUUUUGAGAGUCAUCGAUGCCUUGCAGUUGGCUGACAAGAAGGGUGUUGUCACUCCAAUUGACUGGACCGCUGGUAAGGAUGUUAUCAUCCCACCAACCGUCAGCAACGAGGAUGCUAAGAAGAAGUUUGGUGAGUUCGACGAGGUCAAGCCAUACUUGCGUUACACCAAGGUUUAA